CAGGCUCUGGCCCCAGGGAGACCCACUAAAUGAGGCCAUUUUCCCACCUAUUUUGCAGAAGUCAGGAUGGAAAAGCAGAUGUGAAGGCCCUCAUGGCGAAGUUUAACACAGGGGGUAACCCCACAGAGGAGGUUUCAGUCAACAGCCGACCCUUCAAAGUCACAGGGCAAAACUCAUCUUCAGGAGUACAAGCAAAAAAGAAUUUAUUCAACAACCAAGGCACUGCCAGCCCUCCUGCAGGACCCAGCAACGUGCCUAAAUUUGGGUCCCCAAAGCCACCUUUGGGAGUGAAACCUUCUUCUGAGGAAAAGCCUGACAAGGAGCCCAAACCCCCAUUUCUAAAGCCUACUCCUGGAGUCAGCCAAAGGUUUGGGACACUGGCAAACUCGCCCAACAGAGAGCCUGAAGUGAAAGUGGGAUUUCUGAAACCUGUAGUCCCCAAGCCCACCAACUUGCCCAAGGAAGACUCCAAACCUGUGUUUCCUCGGCCUUCUGGGAAUAAGCCGUCACUUCAUAGCAUACACCAAGACAACGACUUAAAGCCACCAGGCCCAAAGCCGAGGUCUAAUCCUCCAGCCCAGGAAAAUGAACAGAAACAAGUCUUCCCAAAGUUGGCUGGGGUUAAAGGCAGGUUUAUGUCAGUCUCUCAAGAUCAGGACCCCAAACCCGUUUUCCCGAAACCCACCUUGGGCCAGAAGCCAUCCUUGAGCACAGAUGCCUCCCAUGAAGACGAGAGCCCGACAAAGAAUGUAUGUCCACAGAGAGGACCUCCAGCUCCCCUAGGACCCAAAUCUAAACCCAGCCCUUUAAAACCAGCAAGGGAAGACCCAGAAAGUAAAGACCCUGCAAGUGAUACCUCAAGUUCACCUUUUCCUGGAGUGGUUCUGAAACCAGCAGCAAGCAGAGGGGCUCUGGGUUUCUCCAAAACUGCUGAAGAAAAAAAAGAAGAGAGGAAGAUAGAUGCUGCUAAGAAUGUGUUCCUGAGCAAAAUGAUUCCAGAGGAAUCAGCCUCUGGGGCUCCUCCUGCCAAGUUCCCUAAGGCGCCAUCUAAACUGACGUUGGGAGGGCCGUGGGCCCAAAGUCAAGAGAAGGAAAAGGCAGACAAGACUCCAGCCACCCCCAAGCAGAAGCCACUGCCUUCCUUAUUUACCUUGGGCCCCCCUCCACCAAAACCCAGCAGACCACCAAAUGUUGACUUGUCGAAAUACAGGAAAACUGCUUCUGGAAACAGUGCCAGCAAAGGCCCAACAUCUCACUCAACAACUUCCCUACCACCACCUCCACCACCCCAUCCAGCCAGCCAACCACCGUUGCCAGCAUCUCAUCCAACACAACCACCAGUUCCAAGCCUACCUCCCAGAAACAUUAAACCUACCCACGAUUUAAAAAGCAUUGGAAGUGAAGAAAAUCAAGAUGGUGGUGGUCACUCUGAUGGUACCGGAAAUAUAGAUGAGGAGCAAGAGAGUGAAGGCGAAACAUACGAAGACAUAGAAGCAUCCAAGGAAAGAGAGAAGAAAAGAGAAAAGGAGGAAAAGAAGCGAUUAGAGCUGGAGAAAAAGGAACAGAAGGAGAAAGAAAAGAAAGAGCAAGAAAUAAAGAAGAAAUUUAAACUAACAGGCCCGAUUCAAGUCAUCCAUCAAGCAAAGGCUUGCUGUGAUGUCAAAGGAGGAAAGAAUGAACUGAGCUUCAAGCAAGGAGAGCAAAUUGAAAUAAUCCGCAUCACAGACAAUCCUGAAGGAAAAUGGCUGGGCAGAACAGCAAGAGGAUCAUAUGGCUAUAUUAAAACAACUGCUGUGGAGAUAGACUACGAUUCCUUGAAACGGAAAAAAACUUCCCUCGGUACUCUCUCAAGACCUACUGACUAUGACCAGGAAGUGUAUGAUGACGUUGCAGAGCAGGAUGAUGAUAUUAGCAGCCAUAGUCAGAGUGGAAGUGGAGGGAUGUUCCCAGCUCCACCAGAUGAUAUUUAUGAUGGCAUUGAAGAAGAAGAAGCUAAUGAUGGCUCCACACUACAGGAUGAAGAGAAGAGUAACUCGUGGUCCUGGGGGAUUUUGAAGAUGUUAAAGGGAAAAGAUGACAAAAAGAAAAGUAUACGAGAGAAAUCAAAAGUCUCUGAUUCAGACAAUAAUGAAGGUUCACUUUUUCCUUCUCCCCCUGAACAAAUAGACAUGGGAGAGGAAGUUUAUGACGAUGUGGAUGCCUCUGAUUUCCCUGCUCCACCAGCAGAGACAAGUCAAGGAAUCAGUACUGGAAAGGCUAAGACAGAAGAAAAAGACCCUAAGAAGCUGAAAAAACAAGAAAAAGAAGAAAAAGACUUCCGGAAAAAAUUUAAAUAUGAUGGUGAAAUUAGAGUCCUGUAUUCAAUCAAAGUUGCUCCCUCCUUCACUUCUAAAAAGUGGGGGACCAGAGAUCUACAGGUGAAGCCUGGCGAGUCUCUGGAAGUGAUACAAAACACAGAUGAUUGCAAAGUGCUCUGCAGGAAUGAAGAAGGGAAGUAUGGUUAUGUCCUUCGGAGUUAUUUGGAGGACAUGGAUGGAGAGAUCUAUGAUGAUAUUGCUGAUGGUUGCAUCUACGACAAUGACUAGCAUGCAUACUUGACCAUGCUUCUGUGUUCAUUAUAUGCCAAAAUGAAGUCUGGGUUUUAAUUGACAUAUUAUGGGUAUCAUAGAAAAAUGAAUGUCCAAAUCUACUUAUUAUGAUAUUGUUAUUAAAUUCUAAUUA